AUGGAAUCGUCUGCAGCUCCCAAACUUUAUCCGACCGUCGACACUUCAACCACCGGUGCUCCUAAGCCUACUUACUUCUCUUCCUCUUAUAUUUAUAACUUCAUUCCUUUACUCCACGUCAAUGAUCUCGUCAACAAUAUUUUCCGGGAGCAAACGACCACCGCCUCUGACUCGGCUUCGGCUCCUCCGGUGGCGACGGAAGAAGUGAUCCUGACAAUUCCUGGCGCGAUUCUCCACCUCAUCGACAAAUUCCACAGUGUCGAGCUCGCUGUCGGAGAUCUCCAGAUUCACCAUCUUGCUCAGGGAGAGAUCACCGUCGCGGUUUUCGCUCGAGUCGCCGAUGAGAUCCAGUGGCCGCUGACCAAAGACGAACCCGCCGUGAAAGUCGACGAGUCUCAUUACUUCUUCUCGCUCCGACCCGUCAAAGAAUCCGGGUCGGAUCAUUAA